UCUGCGUCAGACGAUAGUGAAGGUGUUGAAGCAGAAAGUUGUAGACGAGAAUUAGAAGAUCGAGCCCGCGUGUCUUUAGACAGAGCCAAGUCUAAGACCAUUGCCUUUGCUGUACGGGCAAAUGUCGGUUUUAACGGUUCCGUUGACGAUGACUCUCCGCUCCCUGGAUAUGCUGUAUCAUUUGAUUCGAAAAGUUUCUUGCAUGUCAUCGAAGAAUUUAAUGAAGAAUGGUGGAUCGGAAGAGUUGUCAAAGUUGGUGCUGGAUUUGGUUUUGUGCCUAGCCCAAUAAAAUUUGAAAAUUUGAAACUGCAAAGCAGUAUUACGUCCAUCAAAUCAAUUCCCAGAACUACUGCUAGGAGGAAUUCCCUGAUGUCAAAGAAGAGCUCACCUUACGACAUCGUUCCCAUAAUGCGACCAAUCGUUCUAGUUGGUCCAUCAUUAAAGCAAUAUGAAGUUACAGAUAUGUUACAUAAGGCCCUGUUAGACUAUUUGAAGCAGAAAUUCGCUGGAAGAAUUGCUUUUAUGAAAGUGACUGCAGAUUUUAGUUUAGCUAAAAAGAUGACGCCACAAGCCGCAAGUAAAAUUGCUGUAAUGGAAAAAAACAGUAAUAAAUUCUCAGGAUUAGUGGAAGUGUCCAAUACUGUUAAAAGAGUAUUUGAAAUGGCUAAGAAUAAUAUGCAGUUAUUGGUCCUUGAAAGUGAUGCAAUUAAUCAUCCCUCUCAAAUAUCGAAAACAAAUUUAGCCCCAUUGAUUUUUUACGUGAAAAUAGACAAUGUUAAAGUUUUACAACGGUUAAUCAAAUCUCGUGGAAAGAGUCAGAGUAAAUAUAUGAAUGCUCAGUUGGUUGCUGCAGAGAAAUUGCAAUUAUGUAAUGAGGAUCAAUUUGCAGCUAUUUUAAAUGAAAAUCUAUUACGUGAAGCAUGUGAACAUCUUGGUGAUACAUUGGAAGAAUAUUGGUUAGCUUGUCAUCCACCUUCGAGUGUCUCUCGCAAUCAAUCAGCUAACUGUUCACCUGCUAGAAGUCGACAUGAUACAUUGCAUAAUGUAUCAAGGCACCAAACACCUAAAAAUUCGCCUAAACUUCCGCAAAGACUGCAUAAUUUUCUUUCAAGAUCCUCUAGUAAUAAAACGUAA